UCCCGCGCCGCGCUGCCCCCGCGCACCGCCAUGGACGAGCGCUUCAACAGGUGGCUGCUGCCGCCGCUGCUGGCGCUGCUCUUCCUGCUCAUCGUCUACCAGUACGUGUCGCCCGCCUGCCCCGGCGCCGCCUGCCCCCGCCGCCCGCCGGCCUCCGCCGCCCGCCGCGGGGGGGGCCCGGAGGAGCGGGAGGAGGAGGAGGAGGCGGCGGCGAUGCCGCGGCUGGCGGCCAAGUUCCCGUUCGCCCGGGGGGAGCUGUGCCGGCGGGUGCGGUUCGACAUGCGGGGCCGCGACGUGAUCGUCUUCCUGCACAUCCAGAAGACGGGCGGCACCACCUUCGGGCGACACCUGGUGCGCAACAUCCACCUGGAGCAGCCCUGCUACUGCCGGGCCGGGCAGAAGAAGUGCGCCUGCCACCGCCCGGGCGGCGACAAGGACACCUGGCUCUUCUCCCGCUUCUCCACCGGCUGGAGCUGCGGGCUGCACGCCGACUGGACCGAGCUCACCAGCUGCGUGCCCGCCGCCAUGGAGCGCCGCGGCUGCGCCGGUAACCGCACCCUCAGGAAUUUCUAUUACAUCACCAUGCUGAGGGAUCCAGUGUCACGGUACUUGAGUGAAUGGAAACACGUCCAGAGGGGCGCGACGUGGAAAACUUCCCUUCAUAUGUGCGACGGAAGAAGCCCAACGCCAGACGAGCUGCCUACCUGCUACGAGGGAGACGACUGGUCUGGAGUCAGCUUACAGGAAUUCAUGGAUUGCAGCUACAACCUGGCCAGCAACCGACAGGUGCGCAUGCUGGCCGACCUCAGCCUGGUGGGCUGCUACAACCUGACUUUCAUGAAUGAGAGUGAGAGAAACAUGAUUCUUCUCCAAAGCGCCAAGAACAAUCUGAAAAACAUGGCCUUCUUCGGGCUGACGGAAUUUCAGAGGAAAACACAGUAUCUCUUUGAGAGGACAUUCAACCUAAAAUUCAUUUCCCCCUUCACCCAGUUCAACGUCACGCGGGCCUCGAACGUGGACAUCGGCGAGGACGUGCGGCGGCGGAUAGAGGAGCUGAACUUCUUGGACGUGCAGCUGUAUGAAUACGCUAAGGACCUGUUCCUGCAGCGCUUCCAGUACUCCAAGCAAGAGGAGCACCAGAAGAACCGGCUAAAGAGGCGAGAGGAGCGGCGACUGCUGCGGGAGCAGAGAGCUCACCAGUGGCCAAGGGAAGAGGCAGCAGAGGUAGCUGUUACUGAAGAUUAUAAUAGUCAGGUCGCAAGGUGGUGAUGCUCCCCCAUCUUGCCUGACCAAUGAGAGGAUCAGAGUGUUUGUGCAACGUGGCUACCUGGGAAUUAACCAAGGGAAACUUAAUGCUUUGGUAAAUGAGACCUCGUCUGACAACUCCCCCUCCUUGUCUCAGUUUUUCUUGGUUUCUGCCAGUGAGAAUGUAUUUUUUUCUCAAUAGGUACUGGUCAGUGUUAUUAAAUGGCAGUAGAAUAAGAUUCCUGGCAGAAAAGACUUCCUUCAAAGGCCUAAGCUAUGAGGAUGGGUUGAAGAGAGAGAGAGAUCCUUUGCAUUAACAGAUGUACCCUGUACAAUCUGAGCUACUAAGACUUGUGCAGACAGGAAUGAGAAAUUGGGGAAAAAUACCUGGCUUGGUUUUUUUGUGACAUGAGAGCCCGUUUGUUUCGUACUGUUCAUUACAACUGUAGUGCAUAACUUUCUAGUAAAUGAAAUUGAUAAGGUGCACACAUUGCCCUUCAAACUUCUACAUGCUGUGUUUUGAUUAAGGGAAGAAUUUGAUGAGGUGAUUAAGAAAGACAUAGGAAGUGUUGGAUUGGGGCACUUCUAGCUCCGUUCCAAAGGCCAGCAGUGAGAGAUCGAUUAUAGGUGAGGUAGUAGAGGGAUUGGCUUAUUUCCCUGCAGGUCCUGAGAAUACUGAGCCCAGCCAGGUAGGAACCAUCUUUCUAAGUGUGUGUGGCAAAGGCAGGCUUUGAGAAAUGAGGUCCACGUGGCAGCUGAGCACACAUCACAGAGAUUAUCUGGCUGGGGGCAAUGAAAUCUGUCUUCACAUUCACAAAAGGGGUCAAGAAAACUCCAGGGAAGAGGAGAGAGAGAGAAGGAAAAGCUCAAAUAUUAGUGCGGCAUUUUCCAGAUUUGCUGUAAAAGCCUGGAGAUACAUUGUCUGUGAAGGUAGGCAGGUUUAUUAUAUUGUCUGUUAAAAUACAUUGAUGCUGAGUGCAUACAGCUUAAAUUGGUUUUCUCUCUAACUACAGUAGUGGCUAGAAAAAAAAUCAGCUUUCAUUUUUAUAGGAUACAUAAUGGAUAUGUGGAAAGUCUUGAUAUUUAUUACUCUAUACGAGGGUUCUUUGUAAAUUGAUUGUUUUCAUGAUGAGAGAUCUGUAUCUGUUUUUCUUCCUUGUCUAGAAAAUUAUUCGAUGGGUUCUUCCUCCAUGUGUUCCAUUCUUGUGGCUGAACUGCAUCUGUUUAUUCCAAGAUUUUAUGUUGUUCCAUUUGUAAUAGUGAAAUUUUUUAAAGAGGGUCCUGUGCACCAUAGAUCUGAGAGUUUUUUUCCUUCUUCUUCUGGCAUAAAUGUAAAGCAUUAGGAGGAAAUUUCUCUAAGUGCCUCAACAUGGCUGCUAAAUCAAGAUGCUGAAAGUAUAUUAUUGCAUGCAUGAAUGGCUUUUACCUUAUAGAUUUGCUAAUUAGAAGUACUGGAGUACCUGAUGUAGAUGCACAUUUCUCGCUUGUUUUCAAAAUUCAAGGUUUCUAUCCAGUUUGUUGAAAAAAAUAAUGUGUUACAGAAAAAAGAGGCUCAAUUUGAAAAUUUGUCCCUUCAUUUCCAAGUUGGAUUUUUUUUUUUUUUGUGCAUGCUGUAUCUUCUUCUGACAAUGCUAUUGCUACUUAUCUAUGCAGAAUAUCAAAAAUAGAGUCUAAUGAUCCUGUUGAAAGUUAAUGCAUACAAUAAUACAUUGAACAUUGAAAUAUCAUAAUAGCAUUAAGAAGUGAAGAGGGCUACUAGGAUGAUGCCUCAUUAUCAAUGUAGUUCAUUAACAAUCUGGUGCUUUAUGUCUGAUUGUCAAUGUGUUACUUUGGGGUGAGUAGCGGUGGGGUUUGGUCCCUAAUACCUCUUCCACUCAUGGCUCAUGUACAUCUUCUCCCACCUCUGCAUUCAGAAGGGAAAAGGAAGAUUGUUGUUCUCUUGCCUGAGCAUGGGAUGUCUGCCUUAGGGAAGAGCGAGGAGCUCCCUGGGUUCCUGGAUGGUGCUGCUUGGAUCCCCCGUGCCGGGAAGAGGCGCUCUGACACCUCACUUACGAAUGGACACCAACCUUCCAAGACUUAAAUUGAAAUAUUGACAACUGAGGCCUGAGGCUUGCUCUGGUUGUCCUGGCUGCAGGACAGUGGGGCCAUGAAGAGCUAAGGCUCACUGGCACUAUUGCACCUUUAGCACAGUGCAGGCAAUUCACAGUGGUCUGACAGCAGCUGGCACCAGGGCUGUAGUCUGGGCUGGCCCUGUGGAGGGAAGGAGCAUUCUGGUCGGUGACACAGGGAUGAUGGGAGCUGUUGCAUCUCCCCAUUCCUGUGCCCAUUGCUACAUCUUGCUGGAGACCAAACAGCAUGAGAGGGGAAGGAAGGAUGCUUUUGGCACCUGAUGCUCAGUCUCCAGGAUUCGCUGGUGCACUUCUUGUUCCCAUAAGCACAGGUAGCUCGGGAUGCUGGGGAGACCCUGAAGGGCAGGGGAGAAGCCAGCCACGUGGAAGGAAAGAUACAAGGCCAAAUUCACAUUGAGGAGCAAGGUAAGCAAGGAAGUAAGAUGAAUUCCAACUCAUCUUUUGUUCUGUAGGGCAUCCUUUUCUUUUCUUCCUAAGUGCCAAAAAAGUUGUCCCUUCCUCACAUACGUCUUUGCUCAGGAGGCCACCUCUCCAUGCUGCUCACAGCAACUGGGACCCCAUUUUUCAUUUAGAAAGUACAGUGGUUUUCUUUUCGAGGGAGAGGAGACAGUGCUCAGAAAUACUUCCCUGGAGCCUCACCAGUGACUGUAAGUAUCAGUUUCAGCUGUCUAAGCACACCAACUGCUCUCCAGACUGUUCCUUCUGCCUGAUACAAAACAAAGCCUAAUUAGGAAAGUCGGAGACGUUUUCUAGGUGGUUUACAUUAGCUUGAAUAGUUUGGCAACAUCUUAAUGUGAUGCCUAACCUUUUUCAUCAGUCAUUUCCCAGAAGCCAAGAUUAGGGUCCUGAAGAGCUGUUAAUGUGCUGUGGCAUCUAUGUUAAUGGGAUUUGCCUUAACGCUUGGGAUUUAGUUAAAAUUGAAGUUGGUUUGUUGGAUUUUUUUUCCCUCUGUAUCCUGUGUAACAGCCCUGGUUGUGGAGGAGUAGGUUUGUUGCUUUUGUUGCUUUGGUUUUUUUUUGGGAGGGGUGGGCAGUCAGCAGCUAAAGACCUUGUCCAGAGCCCUGAACCUGAA